AUGACUUUAAUGGAGAACAUCUCAGAAGUGACUGAAUUCAUUCUUGUGGGGUUAACAGAUGCCCCAGAGUUGCAGAUCCCUUUAUUUAUAAUCUUCACUGUCAUUUACUUCAUUACUCUGGUUGGAAACAUGGGGAUGAUAGUGUUGAUUCUGUCAGACUCACGUCUCCACACUCCCAUGUACUUUUUCCUUAGUAACCUUUCCCUAGUGGACUGUGUUUAUGCCUCAGCAGUCACUCCCAAGGUGAUGAUGGGGUUUCUCACAGGAGAUAAGGUCAUCGCCUACAAUGCAUGUGCUGCCCAGAUGUUCUUCUUUGCAGCCUUUGCCACGGUUGAAAGUUUCCUCCUGGCUUCAAUGGCCUUUGACCGCCAUGCAGCAGUGUGUAAGCCCCUGCAUUAUACCACCACAAUGACAAGUACUGUGUGUGCUCUGCUGGUCAGUGGCUCAUACAUCUGUGGACUCUUGCAAUCUUCCAUCCAUGUUGCGUUCACUUUCCACCUCUCCUUCUGUCAUUCCAAUGUGGUUAAUCACUUUUUCUGCGAUAUCCCCCCACUACUGAGUCUCUCUUGUUCUGAUACCUAUACAAAUGAGAUUGUGCUCUUCGCCUUGGCAGCGUUCAAUGUCUUUUGUACUCUUGUGGUUAUCUUGAACUCUUAUCUGUUCAUUUUCAUUGCUAUCCUGAGAAUGCGCUCAGCUGAGGGACGAGAGAAGGCCUUUUCUACCUGUGCUUCCCACCUUGCCGCUGUUUCUAUCUUCUAUGGGACAAUCAUUUUCAUGUACUUACAGCCAAAUUCCAGUCACUCCAUGGACACAGACAAAAUGGCAUCUGUGUUUUAUACUAUGGUCAUCCCCAUGCUGAACCCUUUGGUCUACAGCCUGAGAAACAAGGAUGUCAAGAGUGCCUUCAAGAAGGUUGCUGAAAAAGUCAAGUCUUCAUUGGGUUUAACCUAUUAA